AUGCUGCUGGACGUGUCAAACGUGCGCGGCGAGCACACAUGCCUGGACGAUAUCGAGGAGCUGCAGGAGACUCUGUCGCGUGCUGGGAAGAAAAAGUAUGGCGCACUCCGCGUGCAGCACGUCGGCCUCUCCACCUUGGGCCUCGCUGCUUCGCUCGCCGCGCCGCUGCAGCACAUCACAUCGUUAACGGCUUCCCACAACCGGAUAAGCACCCUGCAGGGCGUGGACGCCUUCCCCUGCGUCGAGUUCCUGGACCUGAGCCACAACGCACUGCGGGUGUUAGACGCGCACUCCACAUCUCUCCUGCGUCGACUGCGGCGUCUGCGCCGGUGUGACUUCUCCCACAACGAGAUUUGUCUCAUAGACUUCGACGCAUCCCCACGCGGUAGCGGCACGUGGAGCGACCCGCUGGCCGACGAUGGCGACGGCGUCGUCAGCGGUGGGCUGGAGGGGCUCACGGUUCUGAACUUGGCGCACAACCAGCUCAUCGAGAUGCCAGACCUGCGCAGCAUGCCGAUCCUGGCGGAGCUCGACGUCGAGCACAACCGCAUUGAUAAUAUCGCAGACCUCGACAACCGGCUUCCGCUCCUCGCGCUGACGUCUCUGUCGCUGGCCCACAAUUCACUGGGCUCGCUGCAGGUGCUCUCCAACCUCACUGUGCUGGCAGAGACGCUCAAGGUAUUGACAGUGCGGGGUAAUCCGUGCGUGGAAGACGCGGCUGCCGCCAAAGGUGCCGUGCAGUCAUGGCUAUUGUUUCUGCUGCCAUGCCUGGAGACCGUAGACGAAGCUCCACUCUCGCACGAGGAGCGGCAAGCGGCAGCACUACUCUUUCGCCACCAGGGGGAGCUCAGCUAUGAGGCAAUGCAGAUGAUGAAUAACAACAGUGGCGCACGGUUAGAGACGUACCUGCGGAAUUUCUCUCCCCUACUGUCCACACGUCCAGUCGCCGAUUCUUCCAUGGGAACGAAACGAGAACAGUUGGUCACGCAACCGAAGAGAAACACCUCACCACCUCCGUCAUUGGGCGGCAUGACGGCCCGCUUGCCAACGACGAUUAGUGUUGGUGCAAGCACAACGAGCCUCAACUCUCGACCACCCUCUGCUGAAGUUGUACUGCAAAUGAUGCAAAAGAAAAUGAAACACUUGUCGAGCGUUGUGGAGGUUCUUUGGGGGGAGAGUAUGUCAAGGCGGGUGUUUGCCACCAUUGUAUUGCAGAAAUAUGCACGGGGAUUUCUUGUGCGGCGUCAUCUUCCACCGCAAAUUCAACGGAGCUGCGAGCGCAUCAGAAACAACCUGCGUCGCCCUCGUUGUUGGCCUUCAUGGGCUCAGCACCAGCAAGUAACUUCUCAUUCAUUGAGUACGAGCGAGGCGUGGCAGGCCAACACUCACAUUGCCAGAGGCGAGAUGGCAGAGGUGGUGCAAAGACUUGAAGCCUUUGAAUCCCUAUUACAACAAAUGUGGGGCGAUAUGGGCGAGUUCCGGCGUGUUGUGGACCUGAAAAGGACCGCUGCGGCUACAACAAUUCAAAAAUACUACCGAGGCCACGUUGAUAGAAAACGUUGGCGCCGCCUCAAAGACCGCUACGAUGAGUUUGUUGCUUCACUGCGACCCGAUGUUUUGGAUCUGCAGCGUGUGUGUCGGGGAUAUUUAGCACGAAGCUGGCUCACGCGGCGACGCGGAGAGGUGAAAGAGGUGCGACAGCUCCAGCUGGAGGUCGCCGAACUCCGUGAUGCACUGAAUGAGAUGCGGGGGUUCAUGGUGCAGGAGAUGCGGCGACAGCGGCUACAGCGGUACGCUGACCCGGAGAGGGCGAUGGAGGGAAUCAUCUCGCGACACGUUGCCUCGAGUUCCGACCGCUCCUAUACGGCGGCGGCGGCAGCAGAAGCAACAGGGGUAGGCACAUCGAUAGAAGCAGCAGAUGCAGCAACACCAUCUGAAACAAAGACUGCACGCACAUCACCAUCGCCCCUGCAUGACCUCUGA